AUGCAAACCGAGACGCAGACAGGAGAGAAGGCUCCUAGCACGAGCGGUCCCAGGAGGCAAAAGGGUAGAGUAUUUUCAAAGAGAUCUAAGGGAUCCGAAAAUGCAGCCGCACCCCCAUUGCCGCCCAGAGAUCCGAAUAGUGCCGGACCGAAGCCAACCAGGCUCUCAACCGUCGCGACAAAGCCCAAAAACGAACCGAUGUUUGGCGACAUCGAUAUGAUGGGUUUUCCCGGGGUAGCCCCAUAUCGCAGAACGAUUGAGUUCGCGAUCACAGCCGAGGGAUUCAUCCCUCUAUGCGAGAAGGAGUACGACGUGAUUGCGUCGAACCAACCUUACUUCGCUAAGAGCGUGGCAAAGUCAGCAUGGGUGUACUAUUGCACCAUGAGCUUAUAUGCUCGCCUCGUCACAUUGAAACAAGAGGAUGACUCGUCUACAUACGACGAGGAUUCUAUUGCUGGACAGGUUCUCUCAGGGAACCACCAUCUACCCACACCAAUAGAGUCGUACAUUAAAGCACUUGGGCACAUUGUAGACAGUUCGUCAAUACGAUACAAACUAGCAAUGCCCACUUGGCCUGAAGAGGACGACACUUUUGGAAGAAUGGGCCAGCAUACGCACUGGAAGUCCCCAUCUCAAAAUAUAUUAUGUAAAAGUACUCUGAAGUAUUUUCGGGUAGGCGUCAGGGUACCUCUAUUCUACCCAGAGAACCCCAGCUCGUGGUUCGCGCUCCUCAGGAGCCAGUUUGUACUGGCUAACAUAACGGCUGAUAGUACGAAGUACUUUCAUACAUUAAGCCAGCUAGAAAUCACGUACGCAGCAGAGGUCGAGGACAUCAUAGUCGACCCACCAACUCUACCGACAAGUAAGACGGUGCUCAUUCGGAGACUUUCCGUUUCACGGGAGAAGAAGUUUCCUGACACUCCAAAUGCCAGACAAGCAAUUAGUCAAAGGUUUUCUGAUAAAUAUAGAAUACCAGGGGUUAUUGUCAUUGCACCGAAAUGGGGAAACAGUGUGGCUUUUAGG